GGAGGAAUCCUAGCUUGUCAGAGCCAAUGGUCAGAACGCUGGGAGCCACUGAGCAGCGUAGAACUACCGUUAGCUCGGCCACUCGCUGGAGCAGGGAGACGCUGGACCGCCAAGACGUUUCGCCGUGAACAUUUGCCGACAAGCAAAUGUUAACUUUCGGAUAGUGCCGUUUGCUAGGCCGUCUAGCGUUCCCGGGGGCUAGCUCUCAGUUUGCUGUGUGUUCUGCGGAGGAAUAGCCCAAAAAAAUGUCGUCUCCAAGUCCGGGUAAAAGGCGAAUGGAUACCGACGUGGUGAAACUCAUCGAGAGCAAGCAUGAAGUCACCAUCCUCAGUGGACUCAAUGAAUUUGUAGUGAAGUUUUUCGGGCCACAAGGAACGCCGUACGAGGGAGGUGUGUGGAAGGUGCGAGUAGAUCUGCCUGACAAAUACCCUUUUAAAUCGCCAUCAAUAGGAUUCAUGAACAAGAUUUUUCAUCCCAACAUUGACGAAGCGUCAGGGACAGUGUGCUUAGAUGUCAUCAACCAGACAUGGACAGCCCUUUAUGAUCUGACCAACAUCUUUGAGUCGUUCCUGCCCCAGCUGCUGGCUUACCCUAACCCCAUCGACCCCCUGAAUGGAGAUGCAGCUGCCAUGUACCUUCACCGGCCCGAGGAGUAUAAGCAGAAAAUCAAAGAGUACAUCCAGAAAUAUGCAACAGAGGAGGCUCUGAAGGAGCAAGAAGAGGGGGCAGGCGACUCUUCAUCUGAAAGCUCCAUGUCUGAUUUCUCAGAAGACGAGGCCCAGGACAUGGAGUUGUAGUGAUGGGAGGGCUCCCCAUCCCGCCCCCUCCUUUAACCCCCACAAAGACUAUAUUUGAUUUCCUAACCACGAGAAAGCAGACUUAUAAUAUUCAUAUUUAAACAAGUUGAUUUUUUUAUUAUUAUUAUUAUUAUUAUUACUACUAAACAAGGAUUUUUAUGGAUAUCUAGCCUUUGGUGUGUUUGACAGACACCCUCCCAUUCUGUAGCUGCUCCUCCCUACAAAGAUGUCGCAAACGCUUUCACGUCCUCCCCCCUGCUAGCCCCACAUCUUUUACGAUGUGUUUCGUUGUCGUAGGCAGCAUCUCAUUUCUGUACUCGAAUUUCACGUUUUAAAAAUAGAACUUUGCAGUUUGACCUGAGUCCUAAGUUCCUCUCUUUUCCCACAAUAGCUACUUGAUUCUGACCAAUGUUUUGUUAGUUGCUCCACCACGGAGCUUCUUCAGUCUUGCCUGCGCGGGUGCACAGCUCUACAAUAUGAACCUCAAGUCAAGACAGUAUUUUUAAGGCACACAAACACACACAAGGUGUCUCUGCACACCUCCCACAAAAAUACAAAAUGUUUAGUGCCAACAAACACUGUUACGUCAUCACUAAGGGCUGCCUCUGCAUAUCUUUUUCAACAAAUUAAUUGAGACGUUUCAGUUUAGUCUGCCUUGGCUGUUACGUUACUCUUUGUUGAUCUGUUGCAGCUGCAUGUCUACAUGUGCAGUGCAAAAAAAUAAAUGCUUAACAAGAUCAGGUUUUUGAAAAACGAAUUGCAUUAAAUACAUGUCUGAUUACAUUGUGAGAGACAAUGUAGUGACAAAGAUGUGGGGAGGGGGGCUUUUGGUGUUGAUGGAUGGAACGCACACUAGCUACAUAAAACUGCAUGGAUGACUUAUGCACAGAGGCAAUAAAAAGUUGCUCUUCUCUUAGGCAUUAGUGGAGAUUCUGGUCAGACUCACUUGGCAUUAUGGGAAAAGGAAAGUAGACCAGAGCUACGCUUUGACCAUCUGACCAUGUGAGUUUAAUAUGUCAUGCAGCUCGUACUUGUUUUCUGUGAAGAGGCACCCCAAACAAAAAAGAGCACCAAACAUUCUCUUACAAUCACCUGCACUCUUGCUUUUAAAACAAACUGCUAUUAGUAUUACUGGUCAAUAUCAACUUUCCAGGCAGAGAAAGAAUGUAAGUAUCACCUAUUCUGGUGAUUUAUAAAAAAAAAUAAGAAAACAGCACCAAAGUCAGUUUUUUGUUUUUUUUAGGGAAAAGCAACAAAAAAUGGUCAUAUGGUUACUGAGCGGAUCCAAGUACAAAUGAAAAGUGAUUUAUUGAAGGUUGGUGUAGUAUCAGUCCUCACAUUCCACUGUUACAUGGAGUUUGCCGCAGUGCACGCCGCUUCACACCGGUCUGACCUCUGGUAUGUUCCCCCACUGCCUCCAAACGGACUCCCACACUUUUUUGUCUGCCUACCAGGAUCCCCCUUUGAAGAAGAUUUAAAAAAAAAUAAGAGCCAAAUAUGACAUUUAGGUUAGUAGCAAUUGUUCAUUUGAGGAAAUUAAUAUUAAUUUCACAUGUACAGAUUUGGCUGAUUAUCUGUCGGGGGGAAAAAAAGUGUGUCAUUCAUUCAGGGUUGAUACGUUGUGGAGGGUCAAGAUGUAAUCCAUGAUGCGGGGAAAGAGAUUUGCUGUCGCAUCUUUGAGUUUUGACUGUUUUCUUUCCCCUUCUUUUAUUUCUUGUACGCUUCAACAUCCCCCCCCCCCCCUCCCCGAUGGCGUCAACACCUUUUCCUUUUUGUUUUUAAUUUUUGUGUACAGCAUCUACCUUGUACAGUGAUACGACACCUCCGUGUAGCCUCGUGAAAGCUCAGUGUUGAACCCGACGUACUGACCCGAGUGUUGCCUGUUGAGGCUGACAUGGCAGUCAAACUACCUAGAAAAUCUUGAAAUGUAUUCACUUCAUAAAUUGCAGUAAGAAUUACAGUUGGGUUUUUUUGUGGGUCCCUUUAGCGAGAGAUCAGAGGCCGAGUCGCAGUCUGUAGUCUGUGGGUCACCUUGUUACCUCUGAUCUCCCUCGUCUGUGCCUCAUCACAAAAAGGAAGGUGACCUAUUACAGAAAUCCCCAACACCAUGUUUUCCCCCCCAAAAAAAACCAACUUGUCAAGCACAUUAGUUUUUAAUAAUCCCACCGUUGCUCUCCCGCUGCAAUCUGUCCUGUCCAAAUUGUUUUAUCACACCCCAACAUUAACUCUGUUGCAGAUCAGGGCUGAGAGGCUCGGGUGUAUUUGAGCUACCGUAGGAUUGUUAAGACGUUUACGGCUCAGGUUUGAAAUACAGCUGGUUGUAUCUUGCAUAGCGAUGAACACUUGCAAGGUAUCGAGAGGAUGGAAAUCAUGCUAAUGUUUGUUGAACGGUGUUUUUGACAUGUCAGGAUAGUUAGUUUUUUUUUUCUGGGUGGUGACUUUAACUAAACAACAUAUGCUAUAUGGCUGUAUUACAGGUAGACUUAGCUAGUAUGGUAUGCUUACCGGAUAAAGCAUUCAUUGCUCAUCUGACCUUUAGUUAGUGUCUGUUGUGUGGUUAUAUGUGAGAUACUCCAUAGAUGUGCCUGCUUGUCCUCCUCUUGCAGAUUCAGAGUUGUACAGAUGAGUGUGGGUGAUUUCAAACUCGGGUGACCUGUUUGACCUGCGGCGAGCCUGAUGGAUCCGACUGUACAGAAAUCAAAAGUGUUGUUCAGCACCUUUCAAGCCAUUGGGUUUUUUUCUCCAGAAAAGGAACAAUUUAAUACACACAUUCUGUGCCCAAAAAACUGUCACCACGUGUGAAUGCAGAUCGAGAGCAGAGGGCACUUCCUCUAAUUUGAUUUCAAUUCCUGAUGUUUAUCAGAGACGUUUGAAGCCACGAUGUUGAUCAUUUCUCUCGUUCAGCCGGGGGAAGCUUUGGAUGUUGGCUUCCAGCGGGAUGCGGUCAUUUUUAACUCUUGCAGACAUUCAAUGUGGUCAAGGCCGUACAGAGCUAUGUGAAUGUUUAAACAUGUCUUGCUUGUGUUUGUGGUGAAGUUUGUGAUCCACAUCCACUCGGACGGAACAAACCUGUAAAGCUGUACCCAGAUCCACAGUUUCACGACAGGCUUGUAUUUCCCCCUCUGAGCUGCCUGUAAGUGUGUAUUUAUUCAUUAAAGACACCUUUUUGUUUUUAAUCUCGAUCAUUAAGUGCCACUUAAUGCUCAGACAUCACACUGAUGAGAACUUGAAAUUUGGGCUGUUUUUGUUUUCAGUAAUUCAGAUGCGAAUUCUUGCUUUACUUUACAUUAGUGCAGUAUUGUACCCGAGUACUGAAAAUACAGUAUAUCACAGUUGAGAAUUGUAAUGAAAUAGCACAUGAUUAUGCAGCGGUGCAACAGGGAACCAAUGAUAUGGUCUUUUUUUCUUUGUCUUCUUCAAAAACAAGAAUCUUGUGUUGGGUUCAAAGUUUAUUUACAUCUGUUGGGCAAUAAAUUGGUGAGAGACUCGGCUGUGGCCUGGCGUCGCUCUCGUAAACGGCAGGUCAACGAUCUGAUCUCUUCUCGUGGCCCCCGCGCGUUCAUUCGACGGCAAGAGAAAUAAUCACUGCCUUUCUCUCGGGUUUCUCUCGAAGUCAAGCACUAAAGAAAAUGUCCUUAAAACUAGUGAAUGAUUAUGCUUCCCAUUGCAACUUGAAUUCUAAAUUAUUUUUUGAAAAAAACCGAAUUGAAGGCGUAUUUGUCUUUUGCUUUUUAUUUAAUGUCCUUUUGUCUUUCUGCUCUCCACCACUAACGCCACCGGCUCUAAGUCGACAAUGUCUUGACUACCCGCAGUUGUAAACUGACUCCAGACAACUAGAUUUCACACGGUGGUAUAGAGCCUUAGUCCCACAGCCGCUGUCACACACUCCCCCACACCCUGUUGAACACAACAAGGAUGAAGGCCCUGAGCUAACUGGUCCCUCAUUGAUCCAUAGACAGGAUAUCCAGGGCCCAUUAUCCAUUUUAUCAGCACAGCUGCAGAGAGCCAGCACCGCCCCCCCCCCCCCCCCCCCCCCCCCCCCGUGUAGACUGUGUGUACUCGUGCACUUGCAUGCUUCUGGUGUGGAGUUGGGGCUCGAUCGGUGCACAUCUCCCAUUCUGUCUUGUGCUUGUGUGGAUUCGUGCCCCGUGCUGGCCUAUGGCAGCCAUCAGGGGAUUUAGCUAGCGCGCACACAGCAUGGAAAAUGGCAGAUUUUCUAUUUACAUUUUUUUUUUAAAUCAACAAAAACAAUGUAUUUGGUACAUAGUGUGUGAUACUUGAGGGUUAAAAAGUCAAAAGGUUUAUUUUUUGUUUUUAAAAGUCCAUCCUUGAUCUUAUUUUCAUCACCCUCUUUUCCCCUCCUCCUCCUCUUGUUUUUUUUUCUUCUUUUUCUUUGCAUUGUGAAGUGGGCAUGCUUGUCAAAAAAGACAAAAUGCUCUAUUAAUAGGCUUAUAACCUCAUAAAUAGUUGUGUAUAAAAUAAACUGUUAUAACUUCUUUUUUUAAUAAAACAUUCAAUGUGUAUAAA